AUGGCUGCCGGAAGCUCUGUGCAAAGCCUCCAGGAAGAAGCGACCUGCUCCGUCUGCCUGGACUUCUUCAGGGAUCCGGUGAUGAUCAUGGGCUGUGGGCACAACUUCUGCCGAGCCUGCAUCACCCAGUGCUGGGAGGGGGCUGAGACAGAUGUCACCUGUCCUCAGUGCAGACAGACCUUUCCCCAGAGGACCCUGGGCCCAAACAGGCAGCUGGCGAAUUUUGUAGAAAUAGCCAAACAACUGUGUGUGCAGGCAGUGAAAGGGGCAGGAGGGGAGCGGGUGUGUGAGGAGCAUGGGAAGGCUCUGAAGCUCUUCUGCGAGACAGACCAGAUACUGAUGUGCGUGAUCUGCCGAGAGUCCCGGGCACACCGAACUCACCCUGCAGCUCCCGCCCAGGAGCCUGCCCAGCAGUACAAGGAACAAAUUCAGACUCAUUUGGAGGUUCGAAGGCAAGAGAGAAAGAGACUUGAAGCACUGAGAGCGAAUGAAAAACAGAAACACCAGGAAUAUCAGGAAAAGGCAGAAGUGGAGAAGCAGAAGAUUGUGGCUGAAUUUGAACGACUGCGCCAGUUUCUGGAGGAACAAGAGCGUCUUCUGCUGGCCAAGUUGGGAGAGCUGGAGAGGGAGAUUGAGAAGAGUCAGGAGGAGAGGGACACCAAACUCACUGGGGACAUUUCAUGUCUCAGCAGCCUGAUCGGGGAGCUGGAGGGGAAGUGCCAGCAGGCAGCCAGUGACCUCCUGCAGGACAUCAGGAGCACAUUGAGCAGGUGCGAGAAGGGGCAGGUCCAGCUGCCAGUGGGGAUUUCCCAAGAAAUAGAAACAAGACUCAGAAAGUUGUCUGGACAAAAUCUAAAUCUAAAGGAGACUUUGAGGCAGUUUCAAGAAGCUCUGCUGUCCGAACUGGAGAAGGAAUCAUACGCAAAGGUGACGGUGACUCUGGAUCCAGACACAGCUCAUCCUGAUCUCAUCCUGUCUGUGGGUGGGAGAAGUGUGAGCUGCGCAGAAACACAGCAGUGUCUGCCCAACAAUUCUGAGAGAUUUGAUGUAUAUGAGUGUGUGCUGGGCCAUGAGAGAUUCACUUCUGGUAGACACUACUGGGAGGUGGAGGUGGAGGAGGGGGAGUGGGCCGUGGGGGUCGCCAGAGAGUCUGUGAGAAGGAAGGAAGACAUCAGCCUUAGCCCUGAGGAGGGGAUCUGGGCUGUGGUGCACUGUGAUGAUCAGCUGUGGGCUCUCACUACCCCUGAUCUAACCCUGUUCUGCCUGUGCUGGGUGCCCAGCAGGGUGCGGGUCUGUCUGGACUAUACAGCGGGGCUGGUGUCAUUCCUUGAUGCUGACACCGAGGCCUCGAUCUUCACCUUCCCGCCAGCCUUGUUCGCUGGGGACACAAUCCGGCCCUGGCUCGGUGCGUUGGAGGCUGGAUCCAAGCUCAGACUGUGUAAUUGA